GACGGGACCCCCGGGCCGGGACCCAGGGCUGGCUCCGGCUGAGGGUCUGGCAGCACCCGCCAUGGCGGCCGAGGCCUGGGUGGGCAGCUGGAGGCCCCACCGCCCCCGCGGGCCCAUCGCCGCCCUCUACAGCAGCCCCGGGCCCAAGUACGGGCUCCCCACCAACGUGGGUUACCGCCUGCACGACCCCUCCCGCAGCCGAGCCCCCGCCUACAGCUUCGGGGUGCGCGCCGGGGGGCGGCAGCAGGAGCGCUCCCCCGGGCCCGCCUACCUGCUGCCCCCCGGCACCACGGCCCGCGGCCCGGCCGGGACCCCCGCCUUCUCCCUGCACGGCCGCCCCCGCGACCCGCCGCCGCCCCGCACGCCCGGCCCAGGCCGGUACUCCCCGGAGCGGGCCGCCUCGCUGACCUUCCCCCGCGCCCCCGCCUGCUCCCUGCGCUCCCGCACCCGGCACGGCGCCGGCCAGCAGACACCGGGCCCCGCUGCCUACCAGCUGCCCCCCAUGCUGGGACCCCGCGUGGUGAACAAGAGCUCGGCCCCCAACUUCUCCAUGCCGGGACGCAGCAACGUCGGCGCCUUCUACCAGGACCUCUGCAAGACGCCGGGGCCCUGCGGGUACCGCGUGGUGGACGCCGACGUCUACAAGCGGCGCGCGCCGCAGUACAGCAUGCUGGCGCGCAACCCCCUCCCCGGCGACAACACCCGCAAGCCCGGACCCGGCACCUACAGCCCCGAGCAGGGCCGGCAGCAAGGGGUGACGUUCGGGAUCCGUCACUCGAACUACCUGGUUCCCCUCAUCGUGGACGUGUUGGACUAA